GCACUUCUCAAGCCCCUGUCCUGCAGACCUCUACCGCAUUUCUCAAGCCCCUGUGGCGUCAGUCCAGCCCAGAAAUGACGUAACUUCCUGUACAUUUGGACCGGAGCCGAGCGAAAAGACGAUGCAUCAUUCGAUCGUAUUGAGUGGCACACAAAUAGCAGCUAACCGCUGCACAUCAUGCUGCAAACUGUAUCACUGUCCCCUGUGCCCUGGAUUUAAACCAGCAAAACUGAACAGGAUCCAGAGUCACCUUAAAGUCCACAUCAGCAAUGCCAUUUCGUUUGAAGAUAAAAAGAUAUGCAAGUGCAGUCUUAACUGUAGGACUGCAGCACAUUUUCAUUGCCCUGUGUGCCACAAAACAGUGCUCAAAAGAAGUGAUAUGGAAGGACACUUAAACGGUUGCCGAGGGAAAGUUGUGCAAACGCCUUCUCCGGCAACAGAGAGUACCUCAGAUCCCAAUGUACCACCAUCUACCCCUGCCCCAUUGGAUUUAUCAACUGAACAGGCCUCUUUUUCAAUCCAACAGAGCCCAAAUACUUCACCACCCCCCACGUUUCCAAAGACUGAAGUCUCUGUUUCACCAGUGGUCAGCCCUCAACAUCAACACACCAAUCCCAUAUCGUCUGUUGACACUGCUUCUCAGGUAGAUAAUAGUCUGCUGCUUCAAAAGAAAAAAACAAAGUGUCCCCACUGUAAUCUUCUUCUUUAUAAAAAGAAUAUCUCCAAACACAUACAAAGAAAACAUGCCAAAAAAUGUAAAGAUGUUACAAUCGAGGAUCAUUUAAAAAGUAUUUGUGUGGACUCAAUAAAUGGCAUUUCUGCUGUUCAGAAGUCGAGGCAUGGCUUUUCUGUCCCAGUGUAA